GAAAUACGGCGCGUGUUAAAGCAGGCGACAUCUCUUAUUCGGACUUCACACAAGUAGUUUAUAUUCUCAAUACAUAACGGAAGACCUUUUUUGCCGCUGCUUUAAACGGAAUAUGCCGCCUCGGAGGUCACACAAGAAGUCCCGCAAUGGUUGCGACCAGUGCAAAAAGCGGAGAGUCAAGUGCGAUGAAGCCGACCCAUGCUUGAAUUGUACCCGCCGUGGCCUUGCAUGUAGUUAUCCGCCUCUUAUAGCUGCACCACGGCUUUCAAAUAAGAACAAGCAUUUUGAGCAACGAAUAGAUCCAUGCACCCCACCUUCCAACAACUCUCUUGCUGAGAUAUCGGCACGGACAGAUGCCGCCUUGAACAUUUUUCAGAGCAGCUUAGCACAUACGGCAUGCUUCUUGCGCGAAUGGAAUGGGCAAGAUCCCGAACUGAUGCACCAUUAUUGUAUAUCGACAUGCAAUACUUUCACAAAUCAAGAAGAGGUCCGUCAUGUGUGGAGAACUGUAAUCCCAACAAUCGCAUAUUCCUAUGAAUUUCUUAUGCACGGUAUCUUAUCUCUAUCCGCGAUGCAUCUGUCAUAUCUCAAGCCGGAAAAGCAUAGUCACUACCUCACCAACUCCACAUUUCAUAUGGCUCUAGGGCUCCAAACGUUCCGAACUAUUCUCCGGAAGCCAACAGAGGAGAACUGCCUUGCGCUCUUCUCAUUCUCAAGUUUGCUCAUUGUCUGGACAGGCGCAGCGCCCACUGACUCUAAGGAUGCGCAGCCUCUGAGCAGCGUAAUUGAAAUGUUCAACUUAUGCCGCGGGGUAUCUACUCUUGCCGACUUUAUGCCCCUCAUUCGGAAGUCUCCUCUUGGGCCAUUAGUAGAUCAAGACUGGUCUGAAAAACCCGGUACGCCAUUCCGUCUCUUCCGUGGUCUGGGAGGUCAGAUAACUGCACUUAGAUACCGGCUCACGGUCGAGACCUUUGGAGAAGAAGAGAAACCAGUUUUCGAGAAUGCGGUCACUGAGUUGGAGAACACCUGCCAGCGGAUUGAACAUGCAGACCCAUGCGCUCGAAUCGGUAUGAUCUAUGUCUGGCCGCUUAUGAUCCGCAACAAGUUUGUCACUUUAAUCGAGCAGAGGCAUCCAUUUGCUCUUAUAUUACUCGCUUGUUACUGCGUACAACUACAUGUAUUUCGAGAUUUCUGGUUUGUGGGAAGACGUGCAGAAUUGCUACUAUCUGAGAUCUCAGAGCUGAUCCCUUCUGGGUAUGCGGAUUUGCUGGAAUGGCCGCGGCAGUUCUGCUCGUAUAGUGCUGACCUUGGGCGAUGGAGCGUUCUUCACCCAGGCGCUGUGUCCUUAUAAUAUGUAUUUUUAUGAGUAAAUAUAUCUUUGAGUCGAAGAUAUGUGAAGGCAUCCCGCGCCAUUGUCGUAGUUCCACCAAUCAAACUUGCAAAUAAAGAUUUCUAGCUAUCCAUGG